GGUGUUUAUGCGCUGAACGUCUAGUGCUGGUAGAGCUUGUUGGGGAGUGUGUCGGUGUAUCGGGGAAAGUGCAGUGCGGGGUAAAACACGGUUCGUCUGUGUUUGUUCAUUGCGUUACAACGGAUGUAUGUUGGUGCUUUUUGACGUAGAAAUUGUCAGCCGUCAGGAUUUAGAGAUUACAGCGACGAGAAGACUAGUGGAUUUUGUUGUAAAUCAAGUACCUUGAGCGUGCUUCUUAUGAAGAUGGUAUUACUCAAAGUCAAUGACCGUGUUAUGGCAAAAUGGCCUGGUUCGUCCUUGUGGUUUGAGGGAAAAAUAAUGGAUUUUAAUGAUAUUGAAUAUCUAGUGCAGUUUAACGAUGAGGGAAAUUCUGAAUAUGUAUUGAAACAUAGAGAUGUCAAGCUAUUUACAGCUUUCCAUAGAUCACGUUCUAGAAGUCGUGGGAGGUCAAGAAGCAAAAGCAGGGGUCGGGGAACAAGGAAAGCACAGCUACCAUAUGAAUAUGAAAAUGAGGUAGAAGAUAUGGUUCAAGUUGUUAACCAAGUGGAAAUUGUCAAUGCUGUACCAGAGCCAGAACCAAAAAAAGAAUCUCCCAAGCCUGUAUCGACAUCACCUGUAACAGAAGAUGUAGUAGGUGUGCGCACUUCCACUCCCAUGAGGCAGUCAUUGAGAGUUGCUGCUAUGACUGUAGAAAAGAAUGAAGUUGAUGGCCAGGCAACUCAGAUGAACAAUGUCAAUGCUACAAAGAAAACUACUUCAGUUGAGGAACCUCCUGCUCAGCCUGGCAUAGGGGCACGCAUUUGUUCUGGGGCAUCUUUUAUUGGAUCUUCCAUCAAAAGAGGAUUUUUCAUGCUGGUUCCUUCUUUUGCAACGGUUAAAGUUGCUGUAAUUCUUUUGGUCUUACUGGCUCUACCAUUGGUUUUGAAUCGGAUGUGUACUAAGAACAAAUGUACUGUAAUGGAAAUUCCAGACAUUCCAACAAAGCUGCAUCAUUAUUAUGACUUGAGAGCUGUUGCAAUUGCUGCUGGAUUCUUGGUAUCAUUGCUGCUACUGAGCUUAAUUCCAUUAGGACGGAAAGUAGAUCUUCCAAAUGGGUCUGUUUUACGCUGCAAUGGUUACAUACCAAUGCUUGUAGCUCUUGCCUUAGUUCCAGCUCUGAUGUACUUUGGAGUGGAUGUCUUAGUAGUAUACAAACUGUAUCAGCAUCUAUUGGCCACAGUUACAGUUUUAAGUGUUGUAUUGGCACUGUUGCUUUAUAUUAAAGCCCGUAAUAUACCCAAGGAUGCCAAGAAUCCCUUGGGAAACACAGGACUAUUCUUGCCAGAUUUAUCUACUGGACGAGAACUUAGCCCAGUUAUUCUGGGUUUGGAUGUCAAGUUCUUAAUUUUUAGAGCUAUGGCUCUAAUGUUACUGCUGUUCAAUGUGAUAGUAGUGAUAAAGGACCUUGAUGCUAACAAAGGCCAGUAUAGUCCCACACUUCUGGUGGCCUGUACUUUUCAGAUAUUUGUUGCUGUUGACACUAUAUGGUUUGAAGAAUCAAUUUCUACAAUGUACGAGUACAACCGUGUUGGUUGUGGCCUAUUCACCUUAAUUUCAUAUCUGAUGGCUCCUUUUUACCUAGUGAUAUACUCCAGAGUUGUUUUAAAUCACAGGACUGAGCUGGAAUGGUAUUUCCUAUCACUUAUUGCUGCUGUCAACCUUAUUGGCUACACCUUAUCCCGUGGCUCGUAUUCCCAGAUUCAUGCUUUCCGGAAAAACCCUUCUGAUCCUGCUGUAGCUCAUCUUGAAAGCCUUCCAACAUCUGCGGGAAGAAGGUUGUUGGUGUCUGGAUGGUGGGGUGUUGUGAGGCAUCCAAACUACCUUGGAAACAUUAUAUCUUUCACUUCCUGGACGUUCUUGUGUGGGUUCAACUUUGCUCUCCCUUGGGUUAUCCUCGCUUUGACCUGCAGUGCUUACAUACAGCGGAUUUAUGAAGUGGAAAGGGAUUGCAAACGAAAGUAUGGAACUGCCUGGGAUAGUUAUACACAAAGAGUCAAAAACAGACUCAUACCCAAAGUAUUUUAAUGAUCCAGCAUCGUGAAUGUGGUGUUACAGCCACCUAAAUAUCUAAUCUCAAAUGUCCAGAAAUUUUUAGUUGAUGUACUGAAAAUUAUGCUGCCCAUGCGUUUUAUUUAAUUUUCAAGGUCUUUAAAAUGGUCAUUUGAUUCAAAUGUUGAAACACUGACAAAAUAUUGAAAUCAUGAAAAGUUGCAAUGUAUGUAGUUUUAAUGGGAUAUGGUUUUAAAUAAUAUGUACACAAAUUUUAAAAUAUAUAAAAUUUUUAGAUUUUGUAACAAAUGGCAAUAUAGUUAAGAUAGUAAGCAACCAUGACAACCACAACCUUACCCCAUUAUGCUAGGCAAUAGCCUUAUUAAUAGAUUGUGGACUUAAAUGUACAGAGAUUAAUCCCAAGAUUUAUCAGAUGAUGCCAGAUGGGAAUCAUUUAUGAUUUUAGCCCUAAGUACAAAAUGUACAUAUUAUAUUUUAAGAUUUUAAAGUGUAACACAAGAGCCUCAACAAUAAUGCUUAAAACUUCAGUUUCCAAACAGUUUAUCUGAGGAAGGAGUUUCUAUUUAGUUUCUCUCUAUUAUAUAAACUGGCUGUGCAAUGAUCUUUUUAUCUCUUCUGACAAAUGACACUUAAGUUUCCAGUGAUCUCAGAUUUGGAUUAAUUUCCAUAAAAAGUAAUUUUUGCUAACACAUUUUAAAUUUACUGACAACGAUCAAUUCAAAGUUUUAGAUGCUCACCAAUUAUUGGAUUACAAUAUUGAAAUUUUAGCAUUUAUAUAUUUUGCAUUCUGUAGGAUUUGAAUGUAAAUUUUUAGUAUUCUAUAUUUAAGUGUUGUAAAGGUCAAAUUUGUAUCAAUUUCUUUUGUAUAUAUAAGUAAUUAAUAUUAGAUCUUAAUUCUGUAUAGUUUUAAGUGACUUGUACAGUAAUAUGCAAGUGACAAGAGUAAGUUUUGAGAUUUUUGUAUUAAAACCUAUGCCACAAGAACUUGUUCAUUCAUC